ACGCUGAUUCCACUCCAUACUUCCAGUCAACCAACGAACAAUACGUGCAUAGACCAGCAGCGUCGUCCCCAAAUAUUUCCUAAAAGUGGGUUUUUAUCUUUCUUUUUUCGUUUGUCUCCCCAUUCUAAUCAAACUGACCUUCCCUUCCACAAACCCUCCCCCUGUUGGACAUAAAACAUUUAAACUUAACAGACUUUAAAGUCUUGCAGGGAGUUUAAAUUGUGCAGUGUUGUUCAAGUGCUUGUAUACAUAAUAAGACUUUUCCUAUCCCACACUCUCGUGGUGAAAGUCACUUUACACUUUGGUUAAGUAAUUCUAAAUGGUGGUAAAGCCAGAAGACCCCCCAACUCUGAAUGUAAUGGAGAAAAAGAAGAGAAAAUCGCUUGGCGGAGGAAGUGGUGAGGAAAGUACGAAGAAAGUGCGGAGCCAAAUGGUGGAGGGUAGGAAGGAGGGGAGCAUAACUCGUGGGGACGUUGGAGCCAUGCAAAGUGGAACCAAAUCGCUGCUGGAGGGGAUGAGCAAUGCGGAGGUAACAAUGAUCCGAAGAUUGGCUGGGAAUGAUGCCAGUGUGAGAAAGAAGACGAUGAGGAAACUGAGAAAGUGGUUGACCACGAUGGUGCUCAGCUUUCCUGAUAGUGCAGAUUCAACUGCAGAAGUGGAACCUAAUAUUAUACGGGUUUGGAAGGCCUUGUUUUACUGCAUGUGGAUGGCUGAUAAGCCUCUACCUCAGGAACAACUAGCCGAACAAAUAAGCAAUCUAGUACCUAUUGUCGGAUUUAAGCCAAAUGUCUUGGUCACAUUUGUUGAAUGGUUCUUCAGAACCAUGUCAAGAGAAUGGAAUUGGAUUGACAGAUAUCGUUUAGACAAAUUUAUGAUGCUAUUUCGACGCUUUCUUCGGAAAACUUUGUUGACCAUAGCGUCUAAAAAGUGGAAUAAGGAUUUGGUGGAUGGAUUUUUAAAAACCAUCAGAGUUUAUAUUUUUAAUCAUCAUACUGUGACGUCGACAAAGUUUAAGAAAGGAACAUCUUCCUCCUCGGACGAACCCAUAGGAAAGUGCCCAAUGGGAAUGCAACUCCAUUUCAUUGACAUUUUUCUAGAAGAAUUUGCAAAAACUGGCGGUGAUGGGCUACAGCCUCCAGAAGUUUUGAAAUUUUUGUCUCCAUUUAUCGAAGAAAUGGCAACUAAUUGUGAUGAUCGAGUCCUCAAUGCAUUGACGGAAAGAAUUUUUCACCAUCUUAUGAAACAAAGUGAUGUCGGUAUUGAUUAUCAAGAGGGCUUGUUGGGAAUUGGUGAUAGUGAAGAGGACGAUGAUGAUAUGGACGAAGACGAUGACGACGACCAGAAUGGACAAGCUGAAUCAGACGAAGAUAAUGAGGAAGAUGGCGAUGAUGCCACUGGGGAGGAUGAAGUGUUCAAAGUUGAUAAUGGACCUCUGGAUCCUAGAGCAGGUGCUGUUGACGUUGUUCUUCCCCAACUUCCACUGGACUAUAGCGUUCUAGCUGAAAAAUUACUAGAAGCAGGUGGAUCUAAACUUAUCAAGAAACGUAAUCGCAACAAACUUUACGCUUUGGCGUCAAGCUUCAAUGAACUUGUCCAAGGAAUCUAUCCACUCGCAUUACCAGAAGAUGAGGGCUACAAGCCAGCUAUAUCCAAAAGGGAAAUGGAAGAGGCUGCGCAACGUCUCCUUCAAUUUGAGGAAGCCGACUUAGGUGAAACUGUACGCAAGACGAAAAAGCAGAGGCGUCGUGAUGCCCGGAAGCUUCAGCAACUUGAGCAGCAAGAUGAUACUAUUGGGAGCGAGGAUGGCUCAGUCUUUCUAAAUGACAGUGACUUUUUAGGUAGAAUUGAUGACAAUUACUCGAGCUAUGUGUCCGAACAAAUGCAUAAAUCUGCUGCAGGUGUUAGUGAUACUGUUGAUUUUGCAGAAUCAACGUCGCAAACGAAAAAGAAGUUGAAGAAGAGAAAGCAAAUAAAGCAGAAAGAGCAGGACGAGGACGAAGAAGAUGACGAGAGCCGGAAUUUUGGAUUUCAUGUUACCUCUCAAUCUACAGACCAAGAACCUACCAAAAAGAAAAAGAAGUACAAGACAGUUGUUGAAUUCGAAGCUGACGAAUUACAUGAGGAAUUGUCAGUAACAAUUGAUUCACCAAAUAAAAAAUUGAAAUCUAAGAAACAGGAAACUCUUAAUGAAGACACUGUUAUAAAUAUACUGCCUAAGAAGAAAAGAAAGUCCUUAAUUUUGGGGUCUGGAAAAGUUUUAAUAUCUGGAGUUCGUGGUAGUAACGAUGAUCAACACGAUAACGAUUCAGAUGAUUAUGUCAAGAUCGCCAAACGGAAAUGCAAGAGCCUCAGUCCAUCAAAAAGUACAAGUCUUGGGUUGGCAUUAGCUGGAAAAUCUGUUGAUCAUUCCAUGCUUACUCCAAUAAGAAACAACGACAUUCUUCGUAAGAAACUGAAACUACGCGGAACACCAGAGUCUGAAGGGAGUAAGAAGCGAAUUAAUUUUGUCUUGAACAGAAAUUUGGAGCACGAGGCGACCGAUUACAUGCCCUCCAUUUCUAAAAGCCCAGCAAUUCCCUUUGAUGCUACUAAAACUCCAACUUCAGGGAUUUUAAAGUCGAAAUUAAGCUCGACACCUUUCAGGAAGUCGCUUAGUGUAAAAACAUGUCCGAGGAAAAGAGCGCUCGACUUUUUUCAAUAAUAAUUUAACUACCCCUUGCAAAAAAGAAAGCAUUCAGCAAUAACCUUUGCUCAUUUACUAUUUUGUGUUUCAAAUGUGCGUAAUAUAAAUAUACAAAUUGGCUACUAGUAAUUGUUGGACGAACACGAGAAUUAUAAACAUAUGAUGAUACUUAAUUAUACACUAGUAGCUGCAUUAUAUAGGAUACACUCGCAGAAUAAUGGUGACCAGUACCAUUUUGAAAUAUGUAUGACAUUAAAAUUAAACUUGGUUUUUGUCCUUUGUUUUGUUUCUACUAGAUUUUUUUUUGUGAAAUUGGGCCUACGUUUGGAGUAAAAAAAUCAAUUUGUUUUAUCAAUUAAAUACAAAAUAUUAUGCACAUAGA